AUGUCAAUGCUGAUGACGAUCUUUAUAUCCCUGACCCCGAAGGUCCAGCUAGGUUCCUUUCUCGCGAGCCAUUGCAAGCUUGCGCAGUACCUCCGUACUUUUUCUUUCACUCAUUGCAAUCGACUUGCGACAAAUGGCUUCUCUUCCUUCGACUCCGAAGGCCACGCCGAUGGCAGCUCCCCCUCCGCGGGGUCUGGCACCCCCGGCAAAUGGCGCCACCCUCAGUUGAAUGAGAUCGUCCGACGUCAGAAUGCAGCUACUUUUGGCGACAAGAAUCUGCGAAAGGUCAUCUGGAAUGGGGGUGCUCUGGUAAUGAGCUGGGUUUUCGGACACAGCCUGAAGGCCAACUCACACUUCAUUUUCGAUAAUAAUUCCGUGUAUCCCGAGGUUUCCCUGCUGCUCAUUCAGCUCUUCUUCACCGCCAACAUUCUACUUGCCUUGUACCCCCUCUUCCGACCGACCGACGACCUCUCCGAUAUCCCCUUGACUCCUACCCAACGGGCCCUUUUGGGAUUGGACCCAACUGCUACACCACCCCUUACCCCUGGAACCACCUAUGUGACCCCGCCACGAUAUCGUGUAUCGACUUCUCGCAAGGGCAGUCCUGCAAGCCAGAGUGGCUCUCCUUUGUCUGCGACACCCACAUUUUCAGAGCGACGCGUUUCAUCUGGCACUCCUUUCUCGCCUGCCUCCAGCCCAUUGUUUCACAAGGCUGUUGCCAACGGUGGAAGAGAUACCGGUCGGCGACCAAGCUUCGGAUCAUCCUCGCCUCUUGGUCGUAGCAACUCAUUCAGCAACUCAUUCAGCGAGUCCAGUCUCGGCCCCAGCACACCUUCCCCCUUAGCGGGAAAACGGACUAGCUUGUCACUGAUACAUGAACCUUAUCCUGUGAGGGACUGGUUUCUUUUACCAGCAAUGGGAGCCUCGGAGUCGAAGCUCGUGUUCAAGCAGGGCAUUUUCCGCUUAUCCGAGGAGAAGGAGAUCCCCGCAGACGACCCGUACUGGACGAGAUUCUGGGAACUCCCCGAAUCUACUGAAGACGUCUUCAGCUUGUUCACACCUGCUGACAUCCGACGAACGCGCGACCAUGCUUUAUCAAACUUCGAAACGUUGAUACUUUCGGUCUCUUCGCGGCUGAUUAUCCUGAAGAACCACCCUUCCUUUCCCGAUCCUGAUCUCGCCCCCGAUCGUGAUGUGCUCAACUGUAUUCGCAUCCUCACCCGGCUCCUGCCUUUUGUCUACGAAGCUGAGCACUUAGAGGACUGGGAGGAGAAGUUCUUUUGGGCGCGUCGCAAGAAAAAGACUAGACGGUCUCAGAUUGCAGGCGAGGUGCUCUUUGACGAUGCGCAGCCGGAGGAUCAGCAAGACGGGCCCUCGCCUCACGGGGAGGAAUACGAAGACGUGAAGCCUCUUGCAGAGGAGUUGAUCGAUACGCUGCUGGACUUGCUCUUUUUCGCGGACUUCACAAUUCCAGUGCUCCCGACGGCCAAGAGCAAGAUCUCAUACUCGAUAUGGCAAAGUGGUGUGGGCUGCAACACAUCUAUGGGUUCAAACAAAACCCUUGAAAACAACCGAUGCGAGAUUUUGCGGCUACUGCUGACAAUGACCGGAAAGGCAAUGUACUUGCCAGCUAAUACGCUACCCGUACAAGGUGUGCGAGCCAUCACAUACAUCACCACUUGCCAGGAUAAGCAGGCUGUUUUGACCACACUUUGUUCUCUUUUGAACACGGCCAUGAAAUAUAACCCUGCGUCAUGGAGGGUUCCAUACGACCAUGUGGUUUGGAAAGACCCUAAGCAGAUACUGGUCAUCUACAGCUUACAGCUUCUUCUUGUUCUUCUCCUCUACCCAAUCCCGGAGGAUGGCCGUGGCGUCCCGCCAAAGAACUAUUAUCGCCACUAUUUUGGCAGACUGCAUAGGCCCCAGGAUUUCCAGUUCCUUGUGGAUGGUAUGACUAGAAUUUUGAACCAGCCUAUGCAGGCCACAAGUUCAUAUCUUCCGGGAAGUCAAAGAAUGGUGAAAUGGGCCCCGGAGAUCCUUAUCUUGUUCUGGGAGACCUUGCAAUGCAACAAGCGUUUCAGAUCCUUCAUCAUCGAUUCCAACCGCUCACAUGACUUCAUGAUUCUUUGCAUAUUCUAUGCAAUGGAAUACAGAGCGGAUGCAUCUAAGCAAGGAGUGGUUCGGAUGUGUGUUUUCAUUCUUCAGACGAUGAGCGCAGAGCCGACUUUUGGCAAAAGUCUCAAUAUCAAUUUCGAGGCACAAGAAACCCUGCCACUGUCUAUUCGACAGCAGAAAUUUCGAGGCUCUUAUGCUGAUUUCCUCAUCAUGUCAAUCCAUACGUUGAUGACAACCAGCAAAGGAAACCUCGACACGGUAUACCCCGCCCUCAUGAUCAUACUUAACAACGUCGCCCCUUAUAUCCAGCACAUCUCCGCCGUUACCUGUCCCAAAAUCAUCCAACUAUUCUCAUCCAUGUCUGCGCCCAGCUUUUUGUUGGCCAACGAGACAAAUCACACUCUUCUUGCAUCAUUGCUUGACUUUAUCAAUGCUAUUCUCGAGCAUAACUUUACCGAAAACCGCUAUCUAGUCUACGCGAUUUUGAAGUACAAGCAACGCUUUGAAGCUAUUCGAGCUUUCACACUAGAAAGCGGCCAACAGGAAAUUGAGCGACAAAGAGAGAAAAGAAAGGCCAGAGAAACAUCAGCCGAUGUGAUCAGUAGCCCCUCGCUUUCUCAUUCCGAGGAGGAUCUGCAUACGCCCUCAGGUGCUCGGUCGCCUUUAACUCGGAUUCCCGAAGAGAACAGCGCCUUCGCGAUUGGCGAUGAUGAUUCAGACGACGAAGGAGAGAAUACCCCGUCUCAAUCUUCUCCUUCCGCCCAAACUUCCCGCAGACCUUCUUUUGCAUCUACCACCGACGAGAAUGGCUCACAGGUGCGAGGUAUGUCCGAAAAGGCACGCGGUAAGAUGCCCGCCGGUCGGCCAUCCUUCUCUCGCCAGAAUAGCAUGACCAGUCAAACAAGCAUGUCUGCUCUGUUCACUGCCUCGUUGACCGGCUUCACACCAACUGUUUCUUGGCUCGAAUCCUGGCUUCCAGAGUUGCCACUGCAUACCAUCCUCACCAUCAUUUCCGCCAUUGCACCUCAUAUUCCGGAGGCCGCUCUGCAGACUACUGCAAGCCCCGAGGCCCGUACUCUGAUCAGCAACCUUCCAUCUUUUGCCGAGGAGCCGCAGGUGAAGAGCAUCAUUUCAGAGCCGACCCCGGUCCGCGCCCAGUCAUUUGAAUGGUCCGCCCUCUCCAUGGGCUGGUACGAAUCGCUCCUAUGGGGUUUCAUCUUUUCUAGCGAGAUGGUAGUUGGCUCCGCUGCCAGUGCGACCCCGGGUACGGUCGGUGUUUGGAAUAGCACGGGAAUCCGUCUGUUUAGAGUUCAAGAGGCUGCUGCUCAAGGACCGACUCUUUUGGCGCCGAAGGGCGCCGUAGAUGCAGUUGGUAGCAACUUGGUCCAGCGAAUUGGGAACCUUAGCCUGCGUGGUCGUAACUCUACAUCCCAGGAAUCUGCCACUGGUCAAUCCCCGAGUGUGAGAGAAGUUUAA